AUGAUUGCAGCUUGUGUAUUCUUCCUGGGAUGUGUAUUAACAGUAGCACAUGAUCCUGGAUGUUCAUGCACUGGUUAUAAUAUAUUUAAUCAAUGUAAUUCGUGUUCAGAGCAUUGUUAUCAGCUCAUUUUACAACACAAUUGCUAUUCGUGUUCCAACCCAUUUCCCGGUUGUCUUGACUGUUAUCGAGACGUUAAAUGUCUGGUAUGUAAACCCGGGUAUUAUUUAAGCAAUAAAAGGUGUACAGAAUGCACAACAUACGACUCAAAUUGUAUUACUUGUGAUAGCUCCCGGUGUUUAUCAUGUAACAAUUCUUUAGUUCUAAGCAAUGAUAAUCGUUGUGUAACGUGUGGUGUCAAAUAUGAAGGUUGCACUUCCUGUACACAGAAUGCGUGUAAUUCAUGUUCUGAUGGGUAUUACUUACUCAAUGGACUCUGUGUUAAGUGUGGAGUUAAUUGUGAUUUAUGUACUUCUACUACUUGUACACGAUGCAACUCAAAUCAACUAACAGUUUUAAACGGUAUUUGUCAGAAGUGUAAUCAACGGUGGACUGCGUGUACUUCCUGUGACCAAGAUUCGUGUUUUACAUGUGACACUGGAUAUUACAGAACAAUUUCUGGGUGUGUUAAAUGCGGGUUAUAUUGCAAUCAAUGUGUAGAGACAACAACAAGUAGUAUAUGUGAAACAUGUCAAGAUGGCUAUUACAUUGUUGAUGGGAAAUGUGUUGAUUGUUCGACUCGAGGGUGUUCCAUAUGUACUCCGGACUCCUGUUCCAACUGUGUUGACAAUUUUUAUAUCAAAUUUUCUGAGUGUGUCUCAUGUCAUGAAACCAUAGACCAAUGUAAGAAGUGUGGAGGGACUGCGAUCAGUCCAAUAUGUGAAAUAUGUGAGAAGGGCUAUUACACAUUAAAUGGAAAGUGCCAAAAGUGUUCAGAGACGUGUGGAGAUGAGGGGUGUACACAACUUGAAGGCAAUUGUAUUGAUUGUAUCAAUGGAUACAUCUUCAAAGGUGGGUUAUGUGUAUUACCCUCUGAAAAUCAGUGCACUUCUUAUAGUGAUUCCAAUUGCACCAAAUGUGAAAGUGGGACUAUUCAAGUGUAUGACAGAUGUGUUACAACAUCUCCGUGUAACUCACAAAAUGUGGUCUAUACUGAACAAGUGUGUAUCUCAAAUGAACAUGCAAAUUGUAUGACCACGAUACUCUCACAAACCGCUUUAAAGUGUUCGACGUGUGAUGUUGGGUAUUUGCUUGUCAAUUCGAUAUGUGUGAAAUACGCAGACUACAUUCCAAAGUGCCGAGAAAGUGUGUAUUACAAAAUCACAAAUGAGUACAUCUGCAGUUCUUGUCGUGUCGGGUUCUUUCCAAAUGCGCAAAAGUGUGAAGCGUGUAAUACACUCAAAGGGUGUUUAACUUGUGAGAACAAUUUAGUACCUGGGGAAGGUUCAAUAAGGAAGUGUUAUACAUGUCAAAGUGGGUAUUACGUAUCAAAUUAUCAAUGUGAAGUGAUACCAAAUUGUCUCACAAAUAUCGACAAACAGUGCACUUUAUGUAAAGAUGGGUUUGUCUUAGAAAAUUCGAAUUGUGUUUCAUACAAAGAAUAUGCGGGCUGCCUCUCAAGUUCGCACAACUUUUGUACGUCUUGUGGUGUUGGAUUUUAUCUUUCUUCGAUGAAAAUCUGUUCUACGUGUUCUUCGAGUAAUUGUGAGAGUUGUGAAGAGAGUGGGGUGUGUCAUAGAUGUCACACAAAUUACACAUUAAGUUCACCGACAACAUGUGAGUAUUGUAAUUUAGAAGGAUGUGAGUUGUGUGAUAACACAAAUAAUUUGUGUGUGAGUUGUAACGACUUAUAUCACGAUGACGACGGUGAUGGGAAGUGUCAGACGUGUUCCACGUUUACUCCAUAUUGUGUUCGGUGCAAAGGAUCAAAGUGUACAUGGUGUGUUGAGAAGUAUUAUUUGACAUCCAAUUUGACAUGUGAUUUGUGUACCAAUUUACCACAUUGUUCUGAGUGUAGUCGAACAACAAGUGAAUGUACUUCUUGUGUGAGUAACGAGUAUUAUCUUUACUCAGGAAAUUGUCUUCAGUGUAGUUUAGUAACAGCAAAUUGUCAAACGUGUAGUGACUUGAGUACAUGCACUUCAUGUGCUUCUGGAUAUUUCAAAGAGAAUAACUUGUGUAAGAAGUGUGAGAUGAUACAUGGGUGCCACAUCUGUUCUACAACUACAAGAGAGUGUUUAGAGUGUUUACCUGCUUACUAUAAGUACAGAGUGAAUGAAUCGGACUAUUGCUUGUCGUGUUCUGAAAUACAUGAACAUUGUGCGGCUUGUUCUAUACAAAGUGACUGCACUGAAUGUACUUCUGGUUACAUUUUAUCUUCAGGGAAGUGUGUGUUGUGUACUGAGACUUAUCAAAAUUGUGCGACUUGUUCAACAAAAAGUAAUUCCUGUGUUUCGUGCACUUCAGAUGAAUAUUAUUUAUUCAAUAACGUGUGUUAUCAUUGCACUUCGAUUUCAAAAUGUCGUCGGUGUUCUUCAUCAUACCAAUGUGUUGAAUGUGAAAGUAAUUAUUACCUCAGUUCUGGUUCUUGUUAUUCAUGUACAACAUUGACUGGGUGCACCACAUGUGAUUCAAGUGGAUAUUGUCUUACAUGUAAAAGUGGGUAUUACAAUUUGAAUGGAGAGUGUGACUAUUGUAGUAACACUGACGUUGGGUGUAGUACCUGCGCAACAACAGGAAAGUGUUUGUCGUGUAUUUCUGGAUAUGCAUAUAAAUCUGGCAAAUGUGUAUCAUGUGGCUUUUUAUAUGGAACGUCGUGUAAAGUGUGUAGUUCAACACAAUGUACGUCAUGUGGAAAUGGCAAUGUUUUGAUUGAUGGCAAUUGUUAUAGCUGUUCAACGUAUUUAGGGUGUUCAACAUGUUCCACAUCCUCAUCGACAUGUACUGCAUGUACUGAUAAUACAAUGAGUCCCAGUGUCACCAACACAUGUAACAACUGUCAAAUCAAUCACUGUGAAAUGUGUGAAACUACUACAAAUGAAUUGAAUGAGACUUCGACUGCUUGUGUGACGUGUCAAUUUGGAUAUUAUCUCUCAUCAAAUAUAUGUAUGUCUUGCACUACAAUUUCUAAUUGCGUUGAAUGUGAUAAUACCAAAAAGUGUUAUAAGUGUAAAGUGGGGUAUUACUUGACUUCAUCGGGAACGUGUAGUUCAUGUACUACACAAACGGGGUGUUCCGAGUGUUCUUCAGGAACAUUUUGUGAGUAUUGCAAAUCCGACUAUUACUUAGAAAAUGGAGUGUGCAAGUUGUGUUCGACUAACGUCGGUUGCACUUCAUGUUCAAAUUAUAAUACAAAAUGCUAUGCAUGUUCAUCGAAGUAUUAUUUAAAUAGUAAUCGAUGUAUUAGUUGCUCAGUUUAUGGUAUUGAUUGUUCAACGUGCACCUCUUUGAAGUGUACAUUGUGUUUAAAUAACACCGUCUUCGAUGGUACGAAGUGUACCAGUUGUUCAUUUACUGAGUACAAACGAAGUGAAUAUGAAUGUCAAAGUUGUUCUUCUAAAUAUGCGAAUUGCUAUACUUGUGAUGCAAACAAGUGUACUCAGUGUAUACAGAAUUAUUCAUUCAAAAAUUCCACACACACGUCUUGUGUAUAUUGCCCUUCACAAGUCUAUAACAACGAGUGUGUUUCAUGUUCACUGAAUUGUGAGUUGUGCACAUCCCCUUCUGUGUGUAUCAAGUGCAAGAUAGGAUAUAUAUUAAGGAAUGGAUUGUGUUCAAUGUAUUACAAUAUAUUUGAUUGUAUGACCUACUUGGAUAACUUUGGUUGUGAAGAGUGUGACAAUUCGAUCACAGAAACUGGUGAAUGUAGUGCAUUAGAAAGAACAAAUGAAUGUUCAUAUUAUAAAGUGACUCAAACAAAUACGUCUUGUAAUUUCUAUUAUACUUCUCACACAAAAUCGUCACAUACAAAUAACACAAGGGAACAUAUUAUGAAAACUGAAGAUGACACUUCUCUCCCAUAUUGUGAUGAUGAAAAUAAAGGAAGGUGUUUAGUGUGUUCCUAUAAUUAUUUCUUGACAAACACAGUAACACCUCCCAAUUGUUCUCCAUGUGAUGAAAGUUGUUCAUAUUGCACUAAAGAAUCAUCACAGUGUUCGUCUUGUACAAAAGACAAUUCUUAUUCUCUUGAGCAAUUGACGUGUGAGAAUGAUCUUUCCUGCGAGGUCCACUAUAACUCGACGUGUUACAAAUGUAAGAGUGAGUACUACAUCUCUUCAAACAAGUGUGUUCAUUGUUCUCUGGAAGGCUGUUCAACGUGUUUAACUCAUACUCUUGAAAGUCCAGAGGUGUGCUUAAAGUGUAUUAAAGGCUAUGUCUUAUCGAAUGUCACAUGUGUGAAAUUACUCACAAGCAACUGUGCAAUUAUAGACGAGACAACUACAAAGUGCCUUCUCUGUAAUUCAGGCUUUAUGCUCUCGUUAUCCGGGACGUGUGUAGUUCACUCAAUAGAAGACUGCGAAUAUUCAAUUGACUUCCAAUGCCAAAAGUGUGUGACAGGAAAAUACCUUUCCAAAGACAAUGCAAAUAACACUGAAACGCAGACGUGUUCGUCGACUUCUGACAUCACCUGUGAUAAGUCGAGUACACAUGGAUGUCUUCGCUGUACUGAUGGCUAUUACGAAGACUCUGGUUUUUGUUCCCAAUGCAGUUCCAAUUGUAAGACGUGUGUUUCACACUCACAGAUGUGUUUAACAUGUCAUUACGGGUAUGUUUUGAGUACAAUAGAUAACUCGUGUGUAUCACUUGGUAACGUAUUUGAGCGGUGUGACUUAUUUAUACCCAAUUCGAUGGGGUGUGCGUUCUGUAAAGAUGGGUAUUAUUGGUCCGAGUGGAGUUGUUUAGAGUGUUCUGCUGCAUGUUUAACAUGUAGUAAGAGUGGAGAAGACUGUUUGACAUGUAACAAAGCAAAUGGGUUUUAUUGGGACACUCUCAAAUCGUCUUGCCAAUUAACAUCGACACUCCUACAUUGUACCAACGCGAGUGAAUAUGGCUGUGAGACGUGUGAGAAUGGGUAUUAUCUCGACGAUCAUUAUUGUCAGAGUUGCCCUAUUGAGUGUACUUUAUGUAACUCGACUUCCCUCUGUGUGAGUUGUAUGAGUGGGUACAUAUUAAAGAAAUUUGGUUGUGUUUCUCUCUCCCAAGUCUCCCAUUGUGUGACAAUUUCCAAUGAGAAGUGCAGUAGUUGUACUAAAAAUUAUUCUCCAUCUACUGAUGGUACUGAGUGUUUAUACACUCCAAACAUGUUCGUAUUUGUAGGGAUUCCAGUGAUAGUGAUCGUUGUUGUUAUAAUACUUUUGAUCAUCAUUUCGUUCUUAAUAUACGUGUUAUACAAACAUCUGAAACAAAAACAACUAGCAGAGAAGACAGUAACAGAGUUUGACAUUGGGAGGAGUAACAUCGAAUUUAUCGAUGUGAAUAAGAAGUGUGGAUUAGUCUCUAAUAAAGUAACACUAGACUUCUUGUUUGAUAUCGAUCCCUCCAUUGGGUCGAUUCCAGUUGGUCAAGAGUCUCGGGACUUAUUAUGUGUUGGAUCCAAAAAGUCGAAGUCGUUAAAGAUCCAGUUAUCUCUUAAAGAGCAUCGAGAGAAGUAUUCAUUACGAACUAACCCGCAACUGAUAACUGUGAAUAAGAACAAAGCAAUCGAAUUUGAGUUGUUUUUGAAGCCGUUGUGUACUAUGACCUUCAAUGAGACUAUUAUGUUAGUUGCACUUGAUGUAUCUAAAGGAGAAGAGUACACCUUUCCUAUCAAAAUCCAGACGAAGACAGUCUUGUCGUCUUCCCUUGAUGAUGAUGAGUUAGUCUUUGACAAAGAAAUAGGGAAAGGGACGUUUGGUAUAGUGUACAAAGGGAUGUUCAGAGGAAAUGUUGUUGCAAUUAAGAAGAUGAAGGACGUUGGAGCUACACCAACACAAAUCACUGACUUUGAAAAGGAAGUUGAGAUGUUGGACAAAUUUAGAAGUGACUUUCUUGUGAUCUUUUAUGGAGCGUGUCUUAUUCCAAAUAAGAUUUGUAUAGUCACCGAAUUUGCACAGUAUGGGAGUUUGAACGAUUGUAUGAGAAAGAGGGCGCAACCAUCAAAAGCUAUUUUAAAUAGUUUUGAAUAUAACGUCGCAAAGGGAAUUCAAUAUUUGCACGCUAACGAUAUUUUACAUAGAGAUAUUAAGCCAGACAAUAUCUUGAUAUUUUCUAUUGAGAAGACUAGUGUCAUCAAUGCGAAGUUGACUGAUUUUGGAUCAUCGAGGAACAUUAACAUGUUGAUGACUAAUAUGACAUUCACUAAGGGAAUUGGAACACCUACAUACAUGGCUCCCGAGAUUUUAAAGAAGCAAAAAUACAAGAAGUCUGCGGAUGUCUACUCUUUUGGAGUGACGGUGUUCGAAACAGAAACAUGGAAAGAUACUUACCCACUCGAAACCUUCAAAUUCCCAUGGAAAAUAGCUGAAUUUGUGACUUCAGGAGAACGAAUGAAAAAGACGGAUACUAUGGAAGACUGGAAAUAUAACUUCAUUUCAAAGUGUUGGGAACAAAUCCCUGAAAAAAGGUAUAGUAUCGACGAAAUAGUAGAAAUACUACAGAACAAAACUAUUUAA